GCAAGAACAGGAUAUCGCAAACCAGUAUUAUCGUCACCACAUCGCCAGCAGCCUACCUACGCCGCCCCUACCUUGGCUCUGGGAAGGCGCCCCUUGACCUGAUCGGAACACCUGGUCCCUGGGCAACUGUGGACAUGCCAGCGACCCCUCACUAGGUCCAUCCCACUUUGCAUCCCAUCACAACGCAACGCAACGCGGCAACCUUGCCCCCCCCCCCCCCACCAACGCGUCUUUCUGCUCAGCGCAAAUUCCCCAUCCCCGCCACAGAAACCUUCACAAGUGGUGAUCUCUUGGGGCACGCCGUUGGUCGCGCGGGUUUUGCUGCUUGGAUUACGUUGGCUACCGCCGCCACCAUGUCGACUUCCUCGGGACCGCCAGAGUCCUGGAUAGCCUCGUUCUGCUCCCUGCUCGGCCAUGAAUACUUCGCAGAGGUCUCGGAGGAGUUCAUUGAAGAUGACUUCAACCUUACGGGACUGCAGUCCCAAGUUCCCAUGUACAAGGAGGCGCUCGAGAUGAUACUCGACGUCGAGCCAGAAGACGAUGAGGACGAGGAGGAUGAUGAAGACGAGGACGAGGAGGAUGUCAGUGGCGAUGGCCUCGACCGAAGGCUUCCGGGAGAGCGGCGUCAUCACAGUAGGAUGGCUAGUGACCUUUCCGUGAUCGAGUCCUCUGCCGAGAUGCUCUACGGCCUCAUACACCAGCGAUACAUCUGCUCGCGCGCAGGCAUACAACAGAUGUCGGAGAAAUACGAAAUGGGACACUUCGGCUGCUGCCCUCGCACGAAUUGCAACCAAGCACGAACGCUGCCGGUCGGGCUGUCAGACAUACCCGGGGAGGACACUGUCAAGCUUUUCUGUCCCUCCUGCCAGGACGUCUACGUCCCACCCAACAGUCGCUUCCAGACCGUCGACGGCGCCUUCUUCGGCCGCACAUUUGGCGCCUUGUUCCUCAUGACCUUCCCCGACUACGACUACUCGAAGCACGGCGCCGACCUGAUGUCAUCUAAUUCCUUGCACAUCAGUCGCCGGUCGGGUGACGAUGACUGGAUGGUCAACGGCAUGCAUGCUAGGAACAUUGCCCCGAGCCUAGGACCAGGCAAGAUUUACCAGCCCAAGAUAUACGGGUUCAAGGUGUCGGAACUCGCGCGCUCUGGCCCUCGGAUGCAGUGGCUGCGCGACAAGCCCGCGGACCUGUCCGAGCUGGACGAGGCACGCCGCUAUGCGGAAGAGAACACGGACGAUGACGAGAGCAUGACCGGAAACCCCAAGCCGUCCCGGAGGAGGCCCCGUGGUAAUGCCCGCCUGCGCCAGAGACAGCAACAAAACGGAAGCCCCAUGGCCGUCGAGACUAACGGUGCCGAGUCGGAGCUCUAGGUGCCGAUGGCUCACAGACAUGAAAUCGAAAGGGCAUACCGCAGUGAGCUCCAACUACUCAGUUCAAUGUUGAUGCACAGCGCUGGUGGCCGGGAGACUACGUUAUUAACAGACCCAGUUGAAGAGAUGGAAGCGUCAAAAUCAGCAGCGCCAUCGCUCAAAUCAGUCGAACGGUCUGCUAAACAUGACUCUCCAAGCCGCGGCGUCAGAAACCUCGUGGAGGCUAUCGACUUGCGUGGAUCUGAUGCCGGAACAAAUAAUAUGCAUGACAGUAGCGAAGACUCGAUUGAUACUGUGGAACCCUGGUCUUCAGAGGUCUCAGAGGAGUCAUGGCCGGCGCCUCCUUUAAUUCCGUUGUAGGCUGCAGGUUUUUGAAAGCCGCAUCCGACUUUGACGAGCCGAGGGGUUCGGAGCCAGGAAUCCACGUUCAAUCUAUUUCCUCUGCACAACGAGGCUUCUUCAGUGCUAGAGUCGUCGGCGCAGGUCACAGCAGGAGCAAGGAGCAGGAACAGGAACAAGGAGCAAGGAGAAAGAGCAAGUAGGGGGGCUUGAGGUUGGUAUGAGGAGGGAACAAGGUAAACAGUGUCGGGGGAGCGAGGUGUUGGGCAGGGAUGCUUCAAGCUACACAUUACUUGCAUGCGGUCGGCGUUGUUUCUUCCACCGUCUUCACAUUAUGGAAUUUUGACAUAUAUGUUUGUGUAAGGCCAGGAGGUCGGCGGAGCCGCGCCGCGCCGCUGCAGCGAUGACUUUCGCUGGGGGCAGCAUCGGCAAGCAGCAGCAAAGACGGUAGAAUCCACAGACCUAGCCUUUUUCUUCGUGCCUGUUUCCUUGUGCGACUGCCCCUCCGUCGUCGUCACUACCGCAGCGCCGUUUUUUGUGUUAGGUCAAGGAGGAGGAGCAUUGUUGGGAGAAUCUCGUUGUAUGAAUAGACUAAUUGAAACCCG